UUGUGUCUAAAUCUGACCACCAUAACAUGGACUUGCCAAGCGGCAAUUCAAAAAAUGGCCACAUGCAAUAAUAAAAAUAAUAGUUAUUAUAAGGAUUUUAGUUAAGAAGGCUACACGCAAGUAUAAUUGACUUAUGCUUGGGAACUUUGAUUUACAGUGGCAUGUUUUGCAAUUAAUGACCACUUGAAACAGACCUCCACCUAAGCAAUAUCAACACAUCGAGUUUAGUUUUCAUUUACAAAAUGAAAUUUAUAUCUUUUGACCGAUGAACUGGUAGGAGUUUCUUGUUUAGACUACAAGUGCACCAAACCCCAGGUGGGGUUCUUUUGUGCUUGAGCCAUGUUUUGACAAUUUACUUUCUAGAUUAAAUCUAAGAUAAUAAAACGCUUUUGUUAGUAAGCAAUUAGCGAAGCUAUUGUGUCAUCCAGGUCAGUUUGUGCAGACUGUCACUACAAAAGCAUCUUUGAAACGCAGUUUCUUCAGCCAUAAAGCUAAAGCCUAUCAAGCUAAGCCGAUAGAACAAAUUGAGAAAAAAGCUGCUUUCUUUCCUUGGAUAGGGAAUACACGGACCGUGCUGUCUCAAUUAACGAGACUUUCGUGCUGAUCGGUUUAUAAGAUGUUAGACUGAAUCCCAGAUAACAUAUCUUUACUGCAAUCGAGGUUAAACGGAGCUACUUUUUUCCUCUUUCCGGUUCGAAUGUUAGUUUUAGAAAGGUAAGUUGUAAUAUAAUUUGCUAAAUUUGCCAUGUAAUGCCACUAUUAUAUGCUAUAGGCUAGGCAAUCUGCCAUUCUCAGACCGUAUGAUUAGCAAUUACCAUCGUCACCCACUCGUUAACAAUACUACUUGGACGGUCGGAGACACUGUGAACAGAGACCCACUAGCUGUUCUGAGCACAAAAGCUCAGCGAAGGCCGCAGUUAGCGGAUCUAGACACAAGAAUCAAACAAAUCCCUGUAUACAAAUGUUAAGCUAUAGAACGCCAGCGGAGCGUGGUCUUACUUUGUCCGUGGGUAAAUGAAGUUGACAUUAAACUUCAUUAAUGCAAGUCUUCUGUAAACAAGCAUAAAGAUUUCCAAAUUCAAUCCAAGUCUAAUGGUUGCCACAUAAGGUUUAUUUGCUUCCAACCUGAUGGCUCUUAGCCAAAAUAACUCCAAACUGUCUAGUUAUCAAACUUUGCGCGGGGGUUAUGUUUGAAGUCUGCAAAAGUAGUGGGGGGCCUUUUGGUUGUUGAGAUUCAUGUUAAGUAAGACAACGCGUGCUUGAUACACUGAAGAUAACACGUGCCUCACUUUGUUGUUUUCUUUUUAGCUCUUCAGGUCAGCAGUUUCAUCUACGAGUCAUUCUAAUGCGUAGAUAGCAAACACGCGAAGGUUCCCGUACCUGACACAAUGUUUUCCAGAGUUGUUUGGAGUUUGUUUGUCCUGUCAUUAACAUUUUGGGUCGUUGCCUCCAACGAAUUGAGCCGGACAAGCAGCAAAUGUCCAAGAGAGUGCGAAUGUACCACAACGAGCCAAUUCUUCAUGUCCUGUGGUUCCAAAGGAAGUUUGACAACUAUUCCGUCCUCUAUACCUCUCAAAGUAGAAUUCUUGUCAAUUUACAGGAACAUGGUUACAGAGAUACCGGAGAGUGCUUUAAGAAAUUUGACAAAUUUGAUGACCUUGAAUUUACGGUCGAACAAAUUGCGUGAUUUUCCAGCGACGGUGUUUCGUGACUUGAUUCGACUCAAAUCUUUCAACGCCGGUUUCAACAAGCUGUCGUCACUACCAAGGCUCCUUUUUCACGGAUUAAGAGACCUCCAACAGAUCUAUCUUGAUAAUAACGCCAUUGAGAGCAUUCCCGAGGAAUUGUUUCAAGAUCUACCGUCCUUGAGGCAAUUAGAUCUCCACCGUAAUAAACUCAAGAAGUUUCCGGGAAACGCUUUUCAAGGAUCGUUCUCUUUACAAGUUCUGUCGCUGGCAAAUAACCACUUAACAAGCAUUAACGAAGGAACAUUUCAUUCCCAGACCACACUUAAGACGCUUACAAUCAGAGACAACAGAAUCGUGAACAUAUCGAAAAACGCAUUUACAGAUCUCAGAGAGCUAAAAACGCUGCGACUUCAAAACAAUAACAUAUCUUCAAUUCCAGAAGGAGCUUUCAGUGGAUUAAAAAGAGGUAUAGAUGUUUAUCUUAACGGUAAUCCGUUUCAUUGCAGCUGCGAAUUGCGUUGGUUAAAAGUCUGGUUGAGAUUCAAGGCAAAAUAUAUCCCCUCAACUGCUCUCCGUGCAACGUGUUCAAAGCCAGAUCAUUUAAAGGGAACGUCAGUUAUGCGCGUAUCAAAUGACCAUUACAACUGCGUAAAUGGUCAGUGGACAAAUUGGAGCCCCUGGAGUGCCUGUAAUAGUACUUGCGGAGCCGGUGUACGAGCCUCGACAAGAAGCUGUACAAAUCCUCCACCAGGGAGGGGUGGAAAGAAUUGCAAAGGGAGAUAUAUAAAGACAAAGAGCUGUAAAGGUCAAGCCUGUGAAGCUAGCUGGACAGCCUGGUCAGAAUGGAGUCCAUGUAGCAAAUCUUGUUCAACAGGAAUGAAAACAAAGACUCGUUCUUGUCGACACUCUCGCAAAGGGUUGAUUAGAAACACCUGUAAUGGGCCUUCACAAGAAACACGCAGUUGUACAAGAGGGCCAUGCAGAGGUAAGGGCGAAUGGAGUCCAUGGUCCUCUUGUAGUGUAACGUGUUCAUGGGGUACUAGAAUGAGAAUGAGAACGUGUAAGGACUCGCAAGCUAAAAAUCCUGGACAACCAUGCUUUGGAGCAGAAAUUUCCACAGAAAUGUGUUAUUUAGGCUUCUGCCCAGUUCAUGGUGAUUGGUCAGUUUGGUCCAGUUGGUCAAGCUGUAAUGCAUCAUGUUCAGGGGGAAUAAGGACAAGAUUCAGAACAUGUACCAGCCCUCUUCCUCAGUAUGGUGGAAAAAUAUGUGAUGGAGAUUCGGCCCAAAAACAGUAUUGCAAUACAGAGCCAUGUCCUAUCCAUGGAGAAUGGACUGCUUGGUCAAACUGGUCCCACUGUUCAGUGACAUGUGCAAGGGGCUCUCAGAUGAGGUUUAGGACUUGCAGUGACCCAAAACCUCAACAUGGAGGCCACAACUGCUCUGGUAAUUCCUCUGAUCUUAAGUAUUGUGACCUUGGUCCAUGUCCUAUCCAUGGAAGAUGGACUGCUUGGUCAAACUGGUCCCAUUGUUCGGUGACAUGUUCAAGGGGCUCUCAGAUGAGGUUCAGGACUUGCAGUGACCCAAAACCUCAACAUGGAGGCCACAACUGCUCUGGUAAUUCCUCUGAUCUGAAGUACUGUGACCUUGGUCCAUGUCCUAUCCAUGGAGGAUGGACAACCUGGUCAUCAUGGAGUGACUGCAGCAAAACAUGUGCAAAUGGCACAAGAAUUCGCAACAGAACUUGUAGUAAUCCCUUUCCACAAUUCUGGGGAAGAAAUUGCUCUGGUGAGGUAUUAGAAAUCACAUCAUGUACCAAAGCACCUUGUCCCAUUCCUGGUAAAUGGGCAGCUUGGUCACAUUGGACUAAGUGUAGCAAAAGCUGCUCCACUGGUACAAAGUCUAGGGUACGAACUUGCAACAACCCUGCCCCCAAGAAUGGAGGUCAAGCCUGUAAUGGAAACACUAUUCAGACUGAGAAUUGCCAAGAAAUACCAUGCCCUAUUCAUGGAGGGUGGAGUAAAUGGUCAAAGUGGACUGGUUGCAGUAAGACCUGUGGUAACAGUACAAAGUCACGCAAUAGAACAUGCAGCAAUCCCCCUGCACAACAUGGAGGUAACAAUUGUCCUGGUAAUUCUAGCCAAACUGAAUAUUGUAGUCAGCAUGCCUGUUUUUUACACAGAGAAUGGUCAGAAUGGUCAAUUUGGACAAGCUGUAGUAAAUACUGUGAUAUUGGACACCAGACAAGGACACGGCAGUGCAAGAAUUCAAGCCAUGAAGCUGUUGAAAGAGAAAACAUUGUUUCCUGCAGAGGAAACCAGACUGAAAUGAGGACCUGCUUGCAAGGACUUUGUUCCAAUCAAAGCAUAUCAAAUGAAUGGUCAAACUGGACUCAAUGUUCAGUCAGUUGUGGAUUGGGAAAGCAACAUAGAUUCAGGAAUUGUAGUGGAAAUGGAGGCAUGGGUAAUGAAGGUUGCCAAGGUUCAGAGCUGCAGGUGAAAACUUGUUUUGAGAAUGAGUGCCCGGUGAAUGGUGGAUGGAAUGUGUGGUCUAAUUGGACUGCAUGUUCCUCAUCUUGUGGUACUGGAGGCCAGGUGAGAUUUAGAUUUUGCACCAACCCCAAACCAGAGGCUGGAGGUGAUGGCUGUCAUGGUGAAAAUGUCAUGUACAAAAGCUGCUUUAUCAAGCCAUGUGAUAAAAAUGAUUCUUUUUGGUCUUCUUGGACAAGUUGGUCCCAGUGUUCCACAACUUGCUCUAAGGGACAUCAGACCCGAUUGAGGUACUGCAGAAGGAGAAGUCCCUUUCAUCUUGGAAACUGUGCAGAUGCCAAUGAUGGACCUAUCCAAGUGGAAAGCAACAUCUGUGAAGUGAAACCCUGUGCAGUAUGGAGUAGCUGGUCACCAUGGGAAGCUUGCAGCCAGACAUGCGGUGGUGGCACAAGAAAGAGAAAUAGAAAAUGCAACAGCAUAGAUAGUGACAUGAUUUGUGAAGGAAAUAAUUCACAAGCUGUAAGCUGCAAGCCAGAUCCAUGUCCAACAUUUCGUCCAAUAACAUAUCCUGCAAAAAUUACUCUAGGAACACCAAGUCUAUGCCCUGAUCCUGAAAAACCUCAAAAUGGUUAUUUCAAGAAAAUUGAACAAUAUGGAUCUCACUUUGUCACAUAUCAUUGUAAGCAACAAUAUUUCGUCCAUGGACCAAGACUACGGCAUUGUGAAAAUGAUGGUUUGUGGUCUGAUGAUGUUCCUUUCUGCCUUCCCAUAUGUGGAGAGUCCAGGUUGAGCCAUGACAAUACACAUCAUUCCCGUUUAAGGAUAUUUGGAGGUGGCACAGCCAUGCCUGGUCAGUGGCCAUGGCAAGUAGCUUUGAUUGUUGAUGAACAUUUUCACUGUGGUGGAUCUCUUGUGGCAGAAAACUGGGUUGUAACAGCUGCUCAUUGUGUAUAUGACAGACAAACAAGAAAGCUUUAUUCCAGUAUCAAAAUUCAUCUUGGAGUUCAUGAUAUUACUUAUGCACUAGGAGAUCCGCAUGUCCAAAGUACAGACAGCAUAGAAAUAGUUCCCCACCCAAACUUCAACUGGACGACCUUUGACUCAGAUUUAGCACUGAUAAAACUUAGAAGGAGAGCAAAUAUGACUGAUCAUGUACGUCCAGUGUGUUUACCCAGCAAGCAGCAGAGGCGCAGUGUAACUCCUGGUACAAUGGGUGUAAUGUUAGGGUGGGGAGUCACAGAAAUAGGAAAAAACACAACUGAAUUACAACAAGUUGACAUGCCAGUUGUCUCUAAUAAAAACUGUCGAAGGGCUUAUUUGAGUGAGACUUGGCUUGUUACAUCUAAUAUGCUCUGUGCAGGGUAUUCUAGUAACCAUAAAGAUUCUUGCAAAAGAGACAGUGGGGGAGGGUUUCUAUUUCGAGAUACAAAAGGUAAAAAGAAGAAAUGGUUUCUGGGAGGAAUAAUUAGCUGGGGUAAUCCUAAAUGUGGAAUUCCUGGUAAAUAUAGUGUUUUUACUCAUAUUAAUGGCAGAUUUACAAGAUGGAUUAAGGAUCAUAUAUUUUAUAGUUAAAAUAUCUUUAACCCUUUAACUCCCAGAGGUGAUUAACAUGUGACCUCUCCCUAUAAUAUCCAUAAAUUAUCCAGCAGGCAGGUAAUAAGAAUAGUCAAACCUAUCAGGUUAAAGUUGUUAUCUUGAUCUAACACCAAAUUCUUGCAGCUAUUUUACAAGGAAAUUUGUUGCAGCUAGAGGAGAGCGUUAACAAUCAGAUCAUUGGGAGUAAAAGGGUUAAAAAGCUAAAGGUCCAACUUUCUCUUUUAGUGUUUAUGUUGUUAAUGAUAUAUCUGCUACACAUUCAUAAAAUACCAUGUAUAUUUUACUGCUGAAAGAAGCAUGGCUUUUGAAGCAUUUAGUUUUUCAUUAAGAAAUUGAUAGACAUUGUCAUCAGAUGUUCAUUGAAAAGAGAAACAUUUUGUAUCGAAUUUUAGAUUUUCACAAAUUGGUAUAUAUAGUUUACACAAAUAGUAUCAUUAUUACAAUUUAUUUACUUCAAUUUCCUAUAUAUCUAUAAUUAUAGUAUUUUUAUACAACAUAUGAAUAUUCCUGAAAAUUGAAUCAUUGAUUCAAACACAAUCCAGGAUUUUGGAAAAGUUAAAGUUAGAGUGAAUUUUUCCCAAUGACAUAACAAGGCACUUAUUAGGACUGUUUGUAUAACACUGGUUUGAUAUGAUUUAAUAUUAUAGUAAUGUAUAUUAAAAUUAUAAAUUAUACUAAUAGCAUAUAAUAACUGUAUAUAUUAAAAAAAUUCAAAACAUUUUUGAAAAUAUUUUUGUAAUGUAUACACCAUAAAGAUAUAAUUUAGCAAAAAUGGCCAAAUUUCACGCCAACAUCAUUGACAUGAAUUUUUUUACAUCCAUUAAAAUCUGUAAAGCUC